GACACGAGUAUCACCAGUUAGAGAGAAUUCUCCGGUGCGGGGAGUCGUGUGUGUCUUGAGCUCUGUAAUUGUGUCAGUGUUGUGAUGUGCAGGUUAUUGUCUGGUAAUAUGAUAUAACCAAAAUGGGUCUGAUGCCUCUUGAGUUUAAGGACUGUCUUAAUGACAGUCCUUACUUUCGGGAAAAACUACAUGCCCAUGAAAAGGAAUUGGACCAGACGAAUUCUUCCAUCAAGGCACUCAUUAAGGAAGUGAAGGAUCUGUACCAGGCAGCACGAAAUCUGUCCCGGGCCAAGCGGAACCUGAGCAACAACCUCCAACGCUUCAAGUUCGAGUGCAUCGGCAACAGCCAGACGGAUGAUGAAAUUGUUAUUGGCGGCUCCCUUAGGGAGUUCGCCAAGAUCAUUGACAUGGUGGAGGACGAGCGUGAGAGAAUGCUGGAGCGGUCCUACGAGCAGAUCAUCCAGCCUCUGGAGAGCUUCCGCAAGGAGGCCAUCGGGGGCGCCAAGGAAGGCAGAAAGAAGUUUGAGAAGCAGACGCAGAAGUUCUGUCAGUCCCAGGAGCGUUACCUCAACCUCUCCACCAAGAAGGACGGACAGGUGCUUCAGGAGGCUGAUGCAUCGGUGGAGAUGGAACAGCGUCACUUUGUGCACGCCUCGCUCGAUUACGUCUUCCAGCUGCAAGAGGUCCAGGAGAGAAAGAAAUUUGAAUUUGUUGAGACGCUGUUGAGUUACAUGUACGGGUGGCUGACCUUCUACCAUCAGGGCCACGAGGUGUUCAAUGACUGUAACCCCUAUAUGCGCGACCUGCAAGUUAGAGUACAAAGAACUCGAGAGAACUUCGAAGCAACGCGCCAGGAGUCCGUGCAGCUGAAGAACAAGAUGCUGGAGGUGCGUAAGACGAAAUCUAUGGACCCUGGCAACAUGGACAAGAUGUACACAAGACAGGGCUAUCUCUUCCUUAUGGAAAAAAAGGCAUUUGGAACAACUUGGACAAAACACUACUGCUUAUACCAGAAAGAGAAUAGGGUCUUCACGAUGAUUCCAUACAACCAGAUUCAACACAAAAUUACUUCAACAGAAACGAUAGUUCUUAGGUCAUGUGUACGUCGAAUGUCAGACAGCAUAGACAAAAGGUUUUGUUUCGAUCUGACUGCUCAAGAUAAACCAGGCGUUCAGUACACAUUGCAAGCAUUGUCCGAAGAUGACCGCAAACACUGGAUGGAUGCCAUGGAUGGGAAGGAACCAAUGUACGCUCACCCAAGUGGAGCUCCGGGAUCUCAGGAGGAGACAUUGUUAGAUGAAGUUGGAAUAAGUUUUACCUCAAGAGCCAUUGCCAUGUUGGAGAGUAGAGGAUUGGAAGAUCAAGGUUUAUACAGGUUAGUUGGUGUGUCUAGCAAAGUAACAAAGCUGCUACAACUGGGUUUAGACCGUCGGAAAGCAGAACGAUUAAUAUUAGAUGACCCUGCCGAGUGGGAGGUGAAGACCAUUACUUCUGCCAUCAAGCAGUAUUUCCGUAACCUUCCUGAGCCUCUUAUGACGUACAAGCUUCACAGUGCCUUCAUCGCUGCUGCCAAGCAAGACCAGCUGUUCCGGCGUGUUAACGACAUCCACGGACUGGUACAUAAACUGCCAAAGACAAACUUCACUGUUCUCAAACUUUUAAUUCAGCAUUUAGUGAAUGUGGCAAACAAAAGUGAGAAGAACCUGAUGACUGUGAGCAACCUGGGCGUGUGUUUUGGCCCCACUCUGCUCAGACCGGAGGAGGAGACUGUUGCUGCCAUCAUGGAUAUUAAGUUUUGCAACAUUGUUGUCGAAAUCCUCAUUGAACAUUUUGAAAAGAUAUUCAAUACUCAGCCAGAGCCACUUGUAGACGUGCCCCGGCUUGGAGACUCGUCAGCAAUCCAAAGCAGACAGACUCCUCCCAAAUCAUCUCCGCCACCACCUUCUCAUAACCAUACAUCCAGUGCUUCCCAGUCUUCUUCACAUAAUCAUAAUUCUGCCUCAUCUGCUCCUUUGUCUCAUUCUAAACAUCCACCUGUCUUACAAAAGGUUGUGACUUCCUUCACUACAAGUGAACCUCAGACAGUGCACUUUGGGGCACCAUCCAGUCUUCCCUCACACUUGCAACGUUCAGAUGCGCUCUCCAACCUUAAAGUCCAAUCAUCAUCGUCGUCAUCAUCAUCAGGUACAUAUGCAAAUAUGCCGCCACCACCUUCUGCCACGCACCACUGGAAUAACACGUCAUCUAUAUCUAGUCUUAACUCGGGCCUAAACUCGGGGCUAAAUUCCCACAGCUCACUUGUUUCAUUAAGUUCAUCAGUGGCGGGAUCUAUUGCCAUGAGUGGAGCUUUUGAAAAUAUUCAGAACAACCGGCCUGCACGCCCUCCUGCUCCUACUAAUGGUCAGUCCAGAGCAGGGGCAGCAUUGUCCUUUGUCAAUCCUCUGUCUGCAGGCCUCGUAUAUAGGCCGGACAGCCAUUUUGGAGGCAAUUAUUUCCUCCCAAAUUUCCGACUUAUAGAUCGAAGUGAUGGAGUACAGAGCACAAGUAGUUCUAGUGAAUCAUUAUCUUCCCGGUCGUCACGGGAGUUAACACAGCCGCCUUCCAACUCCCUCUCGUCCUCCCCGCAGACAAGUAAGAGGCUUCCUCACAUUGGGGCACCCCCCCUGCCGGGUGCUAAUGGCCCUCAUCGAGACAACCGUUUGCAGCAGACAAAUCAUUAUGCGUAUAACAGCACUUGGUAUGUAUCCUUUCCAGAUGCGAGACUUGGAACAGCUUAUCCUCCAACGUACCGACAACACAUGGAGACUCUGUGCAAGAGACAAUCUCUGGAGUUCCUCUACUCGUCUAUAAACUCCAUCAGUGGGUCACAUUCCACCUUAAGUCUCAUGGCCCCAACUAGUUCGUCUCCUCCGCCCUCCCUGUCCUCAACUUCUAACGGAACUGUCAACUCUCCGCCAAGGCGUGUGAGAACGUUGUAUGCAUGUGUAGGAGAGAAUGAGUCAGAGCUUUCUUUUGAACCAAACCAAAUAUUGAGUAAUGUUCGACCAUCUCGAGAACCUGGCUGGCUCGAAGGAACACUCAAUGGACGAACUGGUCUGAUUCCUGAAAACUACGUAGAAGCUGUAGAUGAUAAGCCUCCACCUCCACGGCUUAUAUCCCAGAGAAACACAGAUGUGUAACAUAGGCAUAUUAUUAAUUUAAUGGUUAUAAAGUGGAUAUUCACACUAAUCAUCAUGUUGAAAAAUGUGGUGUCAAGCACUACCUAAGAUGUGCAAAUUGUUGACCAGUGAUGCGUGUGUGUGUGUACCUCUUCAGACAACCUAUCUGGGAGAUGUUUCUUUUGUAUGUGCUAAUACAGUGAUGGAAUAUUGCCUUCAAGUUUGAUAUGAUGAUCCAUUUUGGCCUUAGGUAUAUAUUGCCAGGAUUUUCAGUGCUAUUAAAGAAAUCUUCAGCCAUAUCAAAUUCUCAGAUUCGUGGAUAUUUUUCAAGUGAUAUCUGUUUGUAAUUGAAGAAACUGCAGUGGAAAAGAAGAAGAAUGUGUUUACAGUGUUCAGGUGUGAGGUUACAUUACUACUUUUAAUCAAAAUGAACUUUAUUUUAAAAGAGCCACAAAUGUUUCCUUGCUAGCAAUUCCUGUUAUUAUGUGGGAUUUUCUCCUGGAAUCACCGAACUUAUUUAACAGGAAUUUAAGUGUCACAAUUUUAAACUGUACAUAAGACAGAACUGUAUAAAUGGGAAACAAAAGGAAAGUUUGUUGAAGCGAGUGCCAGGUUAUUGGCCUCAAUACUGGUGCCUCACGAGACUGAAUGAUGGCCACAGGUAUCCUUCAAAAACUUGUACAUUUGGAUACUACUAAAAAGUUAUCAUGGUCCAGAAUAUUUGUUUUAUAUUAUUCAUGAUUUUUAUAUGACUUCAUUUUAAACAUUUUUAAAAUAUAGAAUAUCAUAUAUAAAGAAAUAAAGAAUAUAUAAUUAGUUGUUGGGUUUGUGUUAUGGUGAUACAUAAUUUGUAUUGCAAUAUAUUCCCAACAUUUUUAGUUUGAUUUCAAGUAGGAGGAUGACUGGCAAACGGGUUCCAAUUUACAUGACUAGUUGAAUUUGAGAAUUGCUUUUAAAAUAUUUUCAAGGCAAUGUAGAAUGUAUGCUAUGGUAAUUGAGCACUGAAUAAUGAGGAACUGACCUAGCAUAUGUGUUUAACAGUGAUGACCUAGUCUGAACCAAAAUAACUUGGAGAAUGUAUAUUUAGUCUUUUCACGUAACACCCAUUUGUACAUUUUAUUCAUUUGUAAAUAUUGUUUUUAUUACUAUAUGAUACAUAAUUGUAAUAUUUCAUUUUUACUACAAUGUUUUAAAACAAUAUAUGAUUUCUACUUUUGUUGUAAGUAGCCAAAUGAUUUUUAAACAUGUUAGCCUCGUUUCAUUAUUAUUGUAUUGCUACACGAAGCCAGUGCUAUAAUGUACUGGAAAAGCAGCCCGUCCUCUUGAGUUGCUACAACGGACAAAAAACAAUGUACUGUACUAAACGGUGUGAAUCUAACCUAAUCAACCACACACAGAAAAUGUGGCUCUUUGUAAGUCGCUAUAAUUCAUAGUACAGUAUGUCGUAUUUUGUCCUUUGGGGCCUUCGGCAUCAAAAUAUAAUGUAUUAUUUGAGAGGACAGGUUGAGAAAAGACAGUCAUAUAGAAUAGAAUAGGAUUUGUUCCCAAUAUUGUAAAUUUCUUGUUUUUUUUUAUAGUAUCAGUCAAGCAUGAUUCCUUAAACAAAUAUAUAAUAUGAAUGGAAUUGAUAUAUUUUAGGUAUUGAGUGUAAAGAUAGGUUUUGUAUGCAGCUAGUCAAAAGUUAGGCUUUGUGACUAACAAGAAAACAUCACAAUGCAAUGUGUAGUUCAUUAAUUCAAGUACUGUCAUAGAUUAAAAUGAAUAUUGCUACUAUGAUCAACAAAAGAUAAUCUACCACUAACACUACAUGUGUUUACGAACUGAAGGCAAUGUGAGAAAAUACCGUAAUACUGUAUAAUGAGAGUCCAGUUAUUUAUGGGAUCCAAAUUCACGGAAAGAUCUUAAUAAUUCUUGCUUUUAUUUUUUAUUUUCCUCAUCACAAAGUUUGCCGCAUAAACUGAUUUAAAGCAGAUAGUUUUUUCCCCCCAAGAUAAUGUUGCAGACACAUCUUUUAUCAUUGGUUGUUAUGGUAAUUGUCAUCAAUGAUUACUUGAACAGUCUUGCUCUGCUGGUACAGUAGUGGGCAUCAAGGAGCUUCUUUGAUUAUAACUUGGGUAGAAAAUUUAACCUGAAUAAAAAUUUGAAGUGAAUGCUAUCAGUUCUGUACUUUUAAGUAAUGCAGUUUGAUAAUACAAAGGUUUGCCAUCGUAAAACAUAACAUUCCUUUUACAGUAAGCUCUUAAUUUUAAUACCGGCACAUGAAGGAUGCUAAAAUGACGUUAAUUUACUUGGUAAUUUCUGUUGUGAAAUUUCAAUGGUUCAUAAAAGGAUAAACAAUUCAGUCAUGUAACAUCUGUGCUUAUGCAAAGUUUGACAUUUAUUUUCUGGAUAUGUUUGUUCCUUUUGUAUGUCACCAUAAAAUACAUAAACAAAAAAGUACAAAGAUUUUUCAGUCUGAUUAGUUACCUGUACCUGAAAAAUAUUACAAUUGGAAACACCAAAGUUAAAUAUCAAACAAGGAAAAUUAAGAGUUUACUGUAUGGCAUUUAACUGUUCAGAUAAUUUAACUAAACUAACUAGUGGAGUCCCUUGUAAACGUUAAAUGUUUAGGUGCUGCAUAGGAAGAACAGCAAUUUAUAUUUUUGUUAUAGCUGUUAAUUGGAUAAUGACUAGUCAUUCCUAUUAUUAAGUUUAGUAAAAUUAACUCAGUAAUGAAGAAGACACUUUGUAAUCAUAACUUUAGUACACAAACAUUGUCUUAAGGUCUAAGCAGGAGGAAACAUAAGAUUACAUUUGGAGUUGUAUCAGUUGAAGCAGAUUGCUUGUAUUGCUCUUCAGCUGGGAUUGAGAAUUGGCAGAUAGUUUUGCUUCAUAUUUGAAUAACUUGCAGUUUAAUUAAAUUUCGAGUUGUACAUUUGAUUUCUUAGAGUAAUAAAGUAAUUUUCAAGGUGAAUUCUAAAUCAAGUUGAUCGUGCUCAACAUCAUGACUUAGUCAAGUUGGUUCUCUUAAACAGAGCAUUCCUCCCCCAGUCUUGUUCCUGGGUAUAAAUUAUUUUACUGUAGUUUUUUCAGUCUUUAAUGUAUUUUAAACAUUUCUGUAUGUCAUUUUUCAGAAAAGAAUGAGGUCCAAGGUGCUUGGUGUUUAAAUGUUAAUUCUCUGUUCAGCCACUCACAAGACUUACUUACUUGUACAAUAAUUAAAACUAAUUUCAUUAGCUGUGCACAAUAAAAUGCAUUGCAAGGUGUUAAGAAUAGAGUGGGUUAAGGAUGAAGCUCAGCAGGGGACAUUCGUGCAACUUCCAAAAAGUAGAUUGCUCAAAAACAUUUUAUGCACACUAGAUAUUUUUUUUGUAUAACUAAAUUAACAUUUUUAAAAUGCACAUUCCAUAAAGAUGUUCCUGCAAUGUCUGCCAAUCAAAAUAUUCCUGUACAUUUCACAAAUACAAAAUUAAUAUAUCCUGAUUAAGUUUAAAUAAAACUUUUUAUUAUUUGUAAAUACUGCACUUUUCUUAUGGUGUCUGAGGGUGCAUUAUGUUAAUGCAAAUAAAUCCUGUGUUGAUAUGAUUUAUCAUAAUUCAACAUGUCUAACUCUGAAACAAUUAAACAUAUAAACUAUACAGACAUACACGAAACUCAAUUAUGCUUUAUAGAUUGAACAUUAUUCUUGCAUUAGGAAAUCACGUUUAUUGAAUCAUCUUAUAAUCAAUCCAUCAGUUAUUCAAUAUUUACAUUAUUCAUUUUUGUUAGCAAAUCUUGUAAUUGAGUACAUUUAUAAUAUAUUUUAGGACAGUAUUUUCUGCUAGGUAGAUGGCAAGCUUCUAUGUGAGGAGGUGCUAGUUGGUUCAUUUCUUUGAUGUAACAGACCAACUCUUAGCAUAUCAAAGUCAGUCAUUUUCUGCUAACUCUCCUCUCUGGAAUGCAAUGAAUGUCAUCUAGGUGGAAAGCACAAGCAUAUAUUACUCUCCACAUUGGUGGGAUCCUUCCUUACAUUCAUUUUUAUAUGAUUUUGUUUAAUAUGGAAGGGCAGGGAGGGGGGGAGUGGAAAGUAAGAGUGAGGUGGUAUAUCACACCAUAGUUUAUCAUAUAUUUAUAUCGGCUCUUCUUCACUAAAUUUUGUGUGGAGAAGACUCGGGUACUGGUGUAUGAAUCCUACAUUUAGUAUUAAAUUAAAAUGUCAGAGUUUAUUGUUUACAUGUAAAUAAGAGGUUAGAAUGAAAUAAAUCUGAUAUACAUCAUGAUUUGUAUAUAAUAGUUUUACUGAGUAAGAAUGCUUCAAAUACAUAAUGAUACUAUUUUAAAAUAAAUGUCUAAAAACGU